GUGUGUACGGGAUUUCAACUGAUCAUCACCCUGGAGGGGCAAGAGGACAGCGAUGCCGCGGAGAAACCGUGGAAGUGUGCAGACUGCGGAAAGGGAUUCACAUGUCCGUCAAAGUUGGAAACUCAUCGACGCACUCACACCGGGGAGAGGCCGUUCACCUGCUCAGUGUGUGGGAAGGAAUUCUCUCAGUCCUCCAACCUGGCGUUGCACCAGCGGGUCCACACUGGAGAGAAGCCGUACAGCUGCUCUUUGUGCGGGAAGAGAUUCACGCAGUCAUACAACCUGGCGUUACACCGGCGAGUGCACACCGGGGAGAGGCCAUUCACCUGCUCCGUGUGUGGGAAAGGAUUCAUUAAUUCAUCCAACUUGGUGUCACACCAGCGAGUUCACACUGAGGAGAAGCCAUUCAGCUGCACCUCCUGUGGAAUGAGCUUCAGGCUUUCAUCCACUCUGCUGAAGCACCAGCGAGUGCACACUGAGGAGAAACCAUUCAGCUGCACUGACUGUGGUAAAAGCUUCAGGCAUUCGGGCAGCCUCACUGUACACCAGCGCAUUCACACGGGGGAGAGGCCAUUCACAUGCGCCGCAUGUGGGAAGGGAUUCACUGAUUCGUGCCAACUGUUGAGACACCAGCGAGUUCACACUGGGGAGAGGCCUUUUGUCUGCUCGGAGUGUGGGAAGGGAUUCAUUGAUUCAUCCCAACUGCUAAAACAUCAGCGAGUUCACAAAUGACUGUGGCUCAAACUCUACUGUUAUCACAUCCAUUCUUACAGUUGGGUGUGUUUCUGCUGAUGUUAUCGCUUAACUGGGCUGGAGUUUAACACCCUGAAUCUACAGCUGAUGGUGUUCUCAGCACUGCAGUGUCCCACUGUAACUGUCCCUCUCAUCCUGUACUGAUCUUUGAUACAAGCUUUAUGAUUCAAUAUUUGAAAUGUUCCAAUUAUGAACAUCUCCAUUGAUCCGGUGCGGAUCAAUCCUUGCUGACAAUUCUUACUGACCUGGACAUUCUAUGCAAUGGUCCUUCUGUUGUCCAUGGUGAGAAUAUUAGUGGUAAUUUGGGGAGAAUCGAGUCCUCAAGUGUUACCCUCCCAUCUGGUAAAGAAACCCAGAAAUUGGAGGCAGAUCCAAGCCAAGUAAUGGACUGUAAGAAAUCAGUCUCUCUUAACUUCUGGGAGCUCAAAAAAUGAUUUGAGUCUUGUACAAAGAGCGAAGGAGACCUAUGUCACAAUCUGAUGAGGAAAGCUUCUACAGCUGCUUUCUGGCUGACAGACGCACGUUGUACCUGUUACCUCUGCCCAGGACUUGUCUCCAGCACAGGCUCUAAAACCAGACAGGUUUAAUUCUGGACACAUGCAAACUGUGUGAACGUUAAAGCAAGCUUGAGAGGAUAGGAAAGAGAAUUCGAAUUAAUUCAGUUUUGCCCCCACUAUUUAACUGUUCAGAGAAAACACCAGCAACAGAAGCCAGCACACACACUGCAUUAUCCUUGGGGAUCAAUCAACCAUUCUUACCUGCGAAGGCGAUAAGCUUUUUCUGACUGUUUAGCUAAUACAUUGUAUUUAAACUCUUGCCUCUCAAAAACCUCUUUUAAUAUCAAUAAUGAGUUUGACACCCCUCAGCCCCUGCGCCAGUAAUUUUGGGCUCUGGACCUAAAUUUACAAGUGGUGCUGCAAGUGGGGUCGUAGUGGCCCAGAUCAUAAUCUUGAGAAGCAGUGUUCUGAGGUAACUGCGAACAGAGAAGUUCUUAAAUGAAGCCGGGGUAUACAAUGAUGUUGGCAUGUUAUAAGAAAUAGAAAAUAACCUGUCGGUUAUAGGUGAGUGCAAUGGGAGUUAUGAGUAAACAUUCAAUAGGCUUUCUGAGGAGUUCAAGAGUCAAAAGUAAGAUUUGACUUGGGUCUAAAAUCAGUUGAUCUGUGUUUUGUCUUAAAUUUCUUUCUGGGAUGUGGUGAAUCACUGGAAAGACUAAUGUUUAUUGCCCAUUCCUCGUUCACAGAAUCCCUACAGUGUGGAAACAGGCCCUUCAGCCCAACGAGUCCACACCGACCCUCCGAAGAGUAACCCACCCAGACCCAUUCCCCUCCCUAUUAUCCUGUAAUUACCCCAACCAAUGCACCUAACCUAGACAUCCCUGAAUACUAUGGGCAAUUUAGCAUGGCCAAUUCACCCUAACCUGCACAUCUUUGGAUUGUGGGAGGAAACCGGAGCACCCGGAGGAAACCCAUACAGACAUGGGGAGAAUGUGCAAACUGUCCUGCCCUGGUGAACGUGGUGGUGAGCUGUCUUCUUGAAUAGCCACAGUCUGUUUGGUGUACGGACAUCCACAAUGCCAUGAGGGAUGGAGUUCCAGCGACACUGAAGGAAUGGCGAUAGGUUUCCAAGUCAAGCUGCAGAGUGGCUUGGAGGGGAAUGGUACUGUUCCCAUGGAUUUGCUGCCUGGGUUUGGAAAGUGAUGCUGGAGGAGCCUUUUGUGCACGUGUGUACCUUCCAGUCAGUUUAACAGUGCAAGUUUUUGAGGGAACUGGUGGAAAAAUUGAAAAAUAAAGUGGUGGUUGGUAGUAAAGUGUUGUGCAGGACUGCAAUUAGUUACACUGGGAACAGAAGGCACAGGAUUGGACACACACCAACAAAGGAGAAAAUCAAGCCAAGCACUGGAACAGAAUAUUGAGUCAGAGGCAGAAUCUAAGUGAGGAGUUAGAGGCACCAAAGGCCGAAAUCAGUCCAGACCUUUGUUUUGGUAUACUCCAACAGCUUCAGGCACAAACUGCCAGUGGGGACAUUUGUGGCACUGAUUGCAAAAUCAGAGCAGAGGACCAAGGACCUUGCUGGAACAAUAUACUUUGAAACACCUCCCCUGGCUCUGCUCCACUUUUAAUACACUAACGUCUGUGCGCAGAUUCUGAUCCUAUCCUUGAGAUGACAUCCUGGAGUUGCUUGUAUCAAAGAUUCUUAAUUUUAAUGUAUGUAUAU